UUUUCAUGCUCAAUUUCAAUGUCUCUUCUGAAACACUUUAGUAGCAUAAAGAGCGAAAUCCGUGACGCUUGUAGGUUAGGUUAGAUAGAGUUGAGACAAUUUUUUAAACAUUUCAAACUGCUUCUUAACCUUCAUUUACAAGUUUCCGUUCAGUACUUUUAGCUGUGGAAAUAUCUACUCAGGAGAGGAUUGUCUACAGGAAUUUCAUUCCAGCGAGUUUUAACUCCAUUCGAUUUCGACUCUUUUAGUUAAUAAUGGAAGAAGACAGCACUCCUUCAGAAUCCCCAACACCGUGUAAAACUCGCAGGCGGGAUGACGUCUGGCCACCAAAAUCUUCCAGCGUCAGAUAUCUGCCUAAAACUGGAUUUUCUCCAACAAUAAUGCGAGAAGGAGGUCAAGGCAAAAAAUUUAUCUGGCCACCUCCCAAAGAAGGACAAGAGCAUCACCUUAACGACGUCGACCAGUUACCACAUGGCAAUGUUGGUCAAGUAUGGAAUCCUGAAGCCAAUGCCCUUGGCAACAGACCACCACCUUUCGCUCCACGUACAGCUCCAACAAAACGAUGUACCGAUGAGAUUUGGCCCCCGAGAGGGAGUGAGUACCAGCCUGGCCAUAAGCCAUCUCCCCGUCCAGUAAAAACAGUUGGUAGGUUCGAGGACUACAUAAAGUGCCGAUCAGGACCUUCAGUGCCACCAACCUACAGGACACCUCCUGGCACACAACACAUACAAGUAACUGAAUUGGAAGGAGAGUAUAUCCACGAGACAAAGACUACCACAACAGUCAUGACCAAUAGCACUGCUACCAGGAAUAUAGUAAAUCGACCUCCAGCUCAGACGGCGCCAGUAGCAAGGCGUGUUGAAGUUGAAGAAGAAGAGGAGGAGGAGGAAGAGGAAGAAGAGGAAGAAGAAGAAGAGGAGGAAGAAGAAGAGGAGGAGGAGGAAGAAGAAGAGAGUGAAGAAGAAUAAGUAACGAACGAUACCAAAGAAAUUGAACUAUGGGUGAUACUUCGAUUGAAUGCAAAGAAGUGGUACUUUGAAUGACUGCAUAUAUGCCGAUUUUUUAAAUUUUCAUACAGCAACCUAUACAAAUACCUCUGUGAAACUUGUUUAAAAUCCCAAAGGAAAAUGUCAUGUUUCUUGGGUAUCAGAAGUUGAUGGACCAUUUACGAGAUUUUGGAAACAUCCAAUAAGUUUCAGCAAUAAGUCAGAUGCAUAAAGAUCUCAUACUUGUUUUGAUGGUUUUAUACAUUAAAUACGCUUGGAAAAAAAGCUUUGUUUUGCUUGACGAAAAUAGAUUUUCGUCGUCCCAUAUCUUUAUUGGAUGCUAAAAUUUUAUUGAUAUACCUUUUGUGGUAAUGUUGGUUCAAGGAACGAAUCACAAUUCAGAUCUCAGUCCAGUAUUUCGGUGUAUUUGAUUUUGCAAUGUCAUUUUGUUUCGUUUCACAGCCAUGAUAAAUGAAAAUUCACAGAACUACAUCGUUUUAGCUUUUGUUAUAGUACUUGUUUUAUUUGUUAAUUUUUAUGUGAAAGCUCUCAUGGUUUUUAUGUGCAAUGUUUAAUAUAGAAUACAUAAAUAGGAUAAAAAAUCCAAAGCUCACUAUCACCAACUUAGCUUGACUAUAUUGAUUUUAUUACGCUUGGAAUAUAUUGCAUAAUAACGCCGAUCUCCAUAUUAACGUUGAUUUAGAUAUAUCUUUACCUAGAGCGAAAAUUAUGAAUUCAAAGAUAAUAAAAUAUUUACAACAAGUUUAGUGCAAAGAAGAAGUAAGAAAAGCGUAAAACUGUUUUAUUUUUAUUAAAUAUGUUACCUUUUAAAUAAAUGAACAUUCUUUAUGUGAAAAGAUUUAAUCAUGAAAUGAUUUUAAAUGAUGAAAUAAAAUGUGUGAACUUCUACAUUCACAGACUUACUGCGCUUGAAAGAACGCCCUUUCCAGGAUAAUUCUGUUAUACUUUAGGGAGCUGAAUGACUGUUCUUGAAUUAAACUGACAAAUUAUAAAACAUUUGAUUUCGCUGCAGUAAUCCCUAGUGCCUUCUUUGCAACCUGAUGUGAUGGAAAUAAAGCAUUCUGUAUACAUUUA